AUGUCGUUUCACAAUGAUCUUCCGUACAACACGGACCCCUGGUUGAGCAGGGCCCAAGGGGCAUUGGAGUACCCCACAUAUCCCCACGAACCCCUGUCAACCCUCUCUCCGGUCCAAGAAGGCCUUCAUAUCUCCGACCCAGAACUAUUAAGCUUCCCGCUGCAAAACGGAGCCGAACACAUGAACCCCACGUUUCCAGAGACACCUCGACUAUCCAGAUCGCAUUUCAAUUCUCCUUCUACGGAGGGAGCAUACCCGUACACGCCCACGCAACCCCUCGCACACUCUCCGGACUUCACUAGAAUGCACCAGUCCCGCGACGUAGCCUACGGCACAAUUGCACGCCUGCAACCAAAGCCCACAAGCUACAGCCCCUGUUACUCCCCAAACACACCAAUCGAACCCGCCCUUCCAACGAGGGAUAACUACCCAAUCCACCGCCGAACAUCCAGUGCAUCCAGUGCUUCUAGCCCGACAUACAUCGACCGAUCAUUCCAGCAGAGCGGUUGGAAAUGCGAGUGGAGGGGAUGUAGGUACACAGGUGCAUUUGGACGAAAGUUCGAAUUGAAGCGACAUGUCGAGACGCAGCAUAUUUUUCGGAACGCCUUCGAGUGCCCGGAUCCAAGGUGUAGAAAGGGAUACAACCGAAAAGAUAACCUGGAGGAACAUCUGCGGAGAGCCCAUGAUAUGUAA